UCCUCUUUAAUUUACCGAUAGCUGACAUUGAAACGAAAUAAUGACUGUAACGACUAGUAAUAAACUUCUUAAAUGUACUUGACAUGAGGGUAUAGUUAGCCAGACAUUUUGAUGUUGAGAUGAAACCUUUCGUUAAAGCUGAACUGCUGUCCCAAGCUUCGUUAUACAGUAAAGACACGCGACCGAGUCAACCUUUAGAAGACGCCUCGAGUUCUCCGCUGUCCGCUUGUAACACAACUGAUAAAUGCAAAGUUUUCUCAGCAGGACACAAAUGCCCAUACAGUCCGACAGAUUCAAUGGAUCUAACGUCACAUUAUGUAAGCUCUAUCAAUGAAGGGUCUUUCCUUCCAUUUUUAGCCAAAGACCGCUCAGCAUUAACCAAACAUACUGGUCAACACUUUUUAUUUGAUAAAAGAUGGAGAAAUGGAAUGUACACCACAAAUGCUAUCACAGAUGAUGUUGUAAUCAAACAAAACUUCACGAAACCUCUACCCUAUCCGGAGUUCCAUGUUUAUCGGUCUCACAAUUUAAACAGAUUUGCCCACCGCAAAGAGUUUUCCCUUGGCAACCCAAAACCUCUUAUUUAUGGUGCCGAUUAUCUCACAUCAUUUCCAUCAGUCCUGUUACCAGCUAUCACCCCAUCUGUCAGUGAAAGGAUCGUUUUAUCUCAAAACUAUAAAAACAGGUUAAGGAUGAAAAACAGGGCAUGUAAUCUCUUCACUACUGGUGCUAAAAAGAAAACUCAAUCUUACCCUGAUCCACUCCUGGGUGCCACGGCCUCUUUUGUUCAGAGGCUGUCGGACAUCUCCUCUUUGGAGGCGGAAACUGUCCGACAGGAGAAAAUGAGGAGACUCAAAAAGAUCAAUAGGCAGGACUCGUAAUUACAGUUCAUUAACCAAAGAGGAAGCACACAGUCGAAUUGAGAACUGUGCCAAGGCUGUGUGAAGGUGAAAAACUGAUGAAUAAACAGAAUACACCAAAAAUGUGCUGUAACUAAAGUCAUUGUAAAUGAAUACAUACUUUUCUGGUGUAACUACCACUUGAAAAAGUAAUAUCAACAUGUAUUUUCUUUUGUUUUGUUUUACUUACUCAGACAAAAUAAGUUAAAUAUGUCAACCAAAAACUAGUCUUGCAUAACCAAUUGACUAAACAUGCAUGCCUGCAGCUUUUGUUUUAUAGUGGCACUGUUAGAUUUUAAAUCAGAUUUACAUGAAAAUGAAUUUACUGUAGAAAAACAUUGUUGAUUCAACUUAAAAAAGGAAGUUACUUGGCUGCCUUGAAAUUUUAAGUUAAUUUAACUUAUAUA